AUGUCGAAGCACUGGGUGAUUCGCAUACAAAAGCCCUCAAUCAAAGUUACUGUCUCAUUAAUUGUGGCCGGUGCCGCAGCUGUUUGCACAUGCUGGUUUAUUAAACGCUUUUUUUCUCGUAAUUCCACUGGAGUGAACCGCAAAUGCACAUCUGAUCAAAAGAAGUCAUUACACUUUGGCCAUGGGUCCUCCAACUUGGCUUUUAAUCCGUCUGAAGAGAGUCUUUCUUUGCAGUCUCGUGGUGUACUUGUCCCUAAUCGAAAAUUGUGCGGCCAAGUCCCACCCCAUGGUAAUUCAAUCUCCACAGUUGCUUCACUCUCUUUGGAUUGUGGGUCUAUUGGAUUGCAGACUCUGAGCAAAAUUAUUGAACAAUUAGAAGAGUGUCUCUACAAAAUUCAGAAUACCGUUUAUCAGGUUAACCCGGCUGAUUUAAAAAUUGACAUGUUCAUAAAAGAGCUUCAGAGCUUUCUGGAGACUUCUUACUUAUUGAGGGAGCGGUACAAGCGCAUUUUUAUUCAACAGGCGCCUAACGCUGCUCCUGAACUUCAGUUAAUUGACUCACAGUCUGAUGCCGAUUCAGAAUCCUUUUUCUCUACUGCUGAGGAUAUUGACUACUCAGAGCUAGAGAUUCACAUAAUGUCUAACUUCCAUCGACCAUUUUAUAGGAGAGCUUUAAUGGAGUUGAACGAGGGCAAUUUUGUCUGCAGGUCUGUUCGCACUGGCAUGAUGAACUGUCAGUCAGACAUUGAAUACCUCGGAAAGCUUAUAUGCGUGCGACGUGCAUUUGAUUACAUUGUUUCUCAGGCCCAGCCGGUUGGCUGGAUUAUACAAGUUGGACGGUCGCUGGCAUGGGGUGUUCUCAUCUGCCUUGGAUAUAGCACGACUGAAUUUGAGGAGGCCUUUACUGGUCUACUUGAAUACCUAGAAUCGGUUAAAAGUUCGGCAAAUCUUUCAAGUCUUGUCGACGAACUUGCCAGCAAGGGCGUCCAAUCACUAAAUUUCUACGACAUCGUGUUUGAUCGUAUUCUGAUAGAUGCUCUCGAAAACCUUGGAAAUCCUCCUUCGUCUAUACUGGCAUUAACCCGCAACUCAUGGCUAAGUUCAAGUUUUAAGCGCUCUGCCCUUGAUUCUGCUGUUUGGACUCUUAUGGCUGCCAAGCGCAAGCUUCUUAAGUACUCAGAUGGCUUCUUCUCUCGUUAUUACCGCUUGGUGGAAACUAUUGCGCCUGCACUGGCCUGGGGAUUUCUUGGUUCUGACGAAACCGUCAAUACCUUCUGCGAGUCCCUGCGAGACGAGAUGGUUACAUUUGUGCGUUCACUCUUCAUGUUCGCUGAAUCGGACUCAUCGGGGGCCGUGGAAAGUGAUUGUACCUCAUCACAAUAUUUGGAUUUCGACGAAAACGAUUCGGGCUCAGUAGAAGAGGAAGAUGACGCUACGAUAACUCCGGACAGACUAGAGAGUGAUGAAGGCCCAGUUAAAUGUUCGCCUCUUCCUAUGUUCUACAGUGGAAUGGAUUUCACCAGUAUUGAAGCUACAUCUGCGUGUAUUUAUGCCAACAUGGCGAUUCUCGAGAAGCGGCUAUCAAGCCUCAUUACCGAAUUUGCGGCAAACUGUCAAACAGACAUUGAAACUUUAAUACAUUGUGGAUUGUCUAUAAAACAGCCGAAUUUACCACAAGCGUCUGUUAGCGAUGUACGACCAUCACCACAUCUAGUGUAA